AUGGCAGUGUACCGCGUGCGUGUGACCACUGGUGCCUACCUGGGGGCAGGCACACUGGACAACAUCUCUGUCACUCUGGUGGGCAUGUGUGGCGAGAGCCCCAAGCAGCUGCUGGAUCGCUUGGGCAGGGACUUUGCCCCUGGAUCGGUGCAGAAGUACAAGGUGCGCUGCUCAGCAGAGCUGGGUGAGCUCUUGCUGUUGCGUCUACACAAGGAGCGCUAUGCUUUCUUCCCCAAAGACUCCUGGUACUGCAGCCACAUCUGUGUCACAGCCCCAGAUGGUACCCAUUUCCACUUUCCCUGCUAUCAGUGGAUUGAGGGCUACUGCGUUAUAGAGCUGCGACCAGGAACAGCGCGAACUAUUUGUCAAGACUCCCUUCCAAUCCUUCUGGACCACAGGAAACGGGAGCUCGAGGCCCGACAGCAAUGCUACCGCUGGAAAGUCUAUGCCCCUGGCUUCCCGGGCAUCGUGGACGUCAGCAGCUUUGAGGAGAUGGAAUCAGACAACAAAUUUGCCUUGACCAGGACAACACCUUGUGCGGACCAGGACGACAGCAGUGGGAAUCGGUACCUGCCUUUCUUCCCCAUGAAAAUUGACAUCCCGCCGCUGCUGCACAUGGAGCCCAAUAUUAGAUACUCAGCCACCAAGACGACCUCGCUGAUCCUCAAGGCCGUCCCUCCGUCCUUGGGCAUGAAGCUUCGAGGGCUGCUUGACCGAAAGGGCUCCUGGAAGAAGCUGGAUGACAUACGGAAUGUCUUCUGGUGCCGCAAGACCUUCACUUCAGAAUAUGUCACAGAGCACUGGUGUGAGGACUACUUCUUCGGGUACCAGUACCUGAAUGGCGUCAAUCCUGUCAUGCUCCACUGCCUCUCCAGCUUGCCCAGUAAGCUGCCUGUCACCAGUGACAUGGUGGCCCCCUUGCUGGGACCUGGCACCUGUCUGCAGACAGAGCUAGAGAGAGGGAACAUCUUCCUAGCCGACUAUUGGAUCCUAGAGGAUAUCCCCGUCCAGUGCCUGAACGGCCGCCAGCAGUACUUGGCUGCCCCGCUCUGCCUGCUGUGGCUCAACCCCCAGGGGGCGCUAAUGCCCUUAGCCAUCCAGCUCAGCCAGACCCCCGGACCCGAUAGCCCCAUCUUUCUGCCCACUGACUCAGACUGGGACUGGCUGCUGGCCAAAACGUGGGUGCGCAACUCUGAGUUCCUUGUGCACGAGAACAACACUCACUUCCUGUGCACGCAUUUGCUGUGCGAGGCCUUCGCCAUGGCCACGCUGCGUCAGCUGCCACUUUGUCAUCCUAUCUACAAGCUCCUGCUUCCCCACACUCGGUACACGCUGCAGGUGAACACCAUCGCCCGCGCCACGCUGCUCAACCCUGACGGCCUGAUUGACAAGGUCACCUCCAUCGGGAGGCACGGUCUCCUACACCUCAUGAGCAGUGGCCUGGCCCACUUCACCUACACCAAUUUCUGCCUUCCGGACAGCCUGCGGGCCCGCGGAGUUUUGGCUAUCCCGCACUACCAUUACCGAGAUGACGGUCUGAAAAUCUGGGCUGCCAUUGAGAGCUUCGUCUCAGAAAUCGUGGGCUACUAUUACCCCAGUGAUGCGUCUGUGCAGCAGGAUUCGGAGCUGCAGGCCUGGGUCAGCGAGAUUUUUGCUCAGGCAUUCCUGAGCCGGAAAAGCUCAGGCUUCCCAUGCCGGCUGUGCACCCUGAAAGAGCUGGUGAAGUUUCUCACAGCGAUCAUCUUCAACUGUUCCGCCCAACACGCUGCUGUCAACAGUGGGCAGCAUGACUUUGGGGCCUGGAUGCCUAAUGCCCCAUCAUCCAUGAGGCAGCCCCCACCGCAGACCAAGGGGACGACCACCCUGAAGAGUUACCUAGAGACCCUCCCAGAAGUGAACGUCACCUGUAACAAUCUUCUCCUCUUCUGGUUGGUCAGCCAAGAGCCCAAGGACCAGCGGCCCCUGGGCACGUACCCGGAUGAGCACUUCACCGAGGAGGCCCCGCGGCGGAGCAUCGCGGCCUUCCAGAGCCGCCUGGCCCAGAUCUCUCAGGACAUCCGGGAGCGGAACCAGGGCCUGGCGCUGCCCUAUACCUACCUGGACCCUCCCCUGAUCGAGAACAGUGUCUCCAUUUAA